AAGAAGCAACCGGUGUAAGUGUUCAGACCUCCGAGGGCAGCUGCCGCUACCGGGACUAGCUUCUUCUCUUUAUUUAUUAUUUAUAGUCGACUAUCUAUUUAUUAUUUGUACAUGAGAGGCAUGAUGAUGAUGAUGAACGGCGGGGCCGGAAGUUUGUGCACGGUGGAGGACAUCCGAAAACCACAAUAUGACAAGGAGGGGUGCAGGCGACUGCGACUCACACUGCACGAGCAGAGCCCAACGACUCGCAGUUCCGAGCGGCAGCAAAGAGAUAAGCCUGUUGGACGUGCGUUUGCGCUGGUGCAGCCCCCCGACGAGAGGACGCUUCUGCCGCCAGAACCGAUCAAAACCACAGAGGAGCAAGUGGAGGUCAUCAAGGUGUAUCUGGAGGCUCGCAGAGAAGAGAAUCAUAAACAAAGCCAGAGUCUGAAGAUGCUGUCAGAUGAGGUUUCACAGAUACAAGAGGUGCGGUACUGCCUGAAAACACUGCGGGAGCAGAUGGCAUCGAAAAAUAAGAUUCACACUAACGGGUGGAAAGUUUCAUCUCCAUUCAAGAAAAUGACCUCUUCUAGCCAGAAAGGCGGAACCAAAAGUGAGGGUCAGGAGGCAGACGACGAGACGGAGAGGGCCAAGCUGAGAGAAGUCAGCAAGCGUCUGUAUGGGCAGCUGCAAGACGCUGAGAAGAAGCACCAGGAGGAGAGAGAGAGGCUGCAGGCUGAAAGCAACAUGCUGAGGGAGCGUCUGAGCGACCAAGAUGACAAACUGAAAAGCACAAAGGAAGACGUCGAGAAGAAGGAUCAGCGCAUCGACGAACUCCAGAGGUUACUGGGGGGCAUGGAGAAGGAGAGUGCCGCCUUGAAGGAGUCAAUUCGUGAACGUGAAGAGGAACUGCGUGAGCUACGCCAGAUCAGAGAGGAGGGCCCCAAGGGAGAGCAGAGGGCAGAGCAGUUGGAAAAGGAAGUUGCCAUUCUCAAAGAGAAGAUUCACCAUCUGGAUGACAUGCUCAAAAGCCAGCAGAGGAAAGUCAGACACAUGAUUGAACAGCUUCAGAACUCUCGCAUGGUGAUCCAAGAGCGGGAUCGCGUCAUCAAAGAGCUGGAGGAGAAAGUGGCUUUCCUGGAAGCUGAGAACCGAGAGAUGCACGACCAGAUGGAUUACUUCCUGGGAGGACAAAAGACCACUUCCUACCUUUCAUCUGAGCAGAACCCACAAAUUGUAUACAGUAAACCGUUCAAGCUGUCCACCUCCUCCAACAAGCCGCUCCCAUUCAUCAAGGUCAUCGAGAUCAAGUCUUGAGUCUUGUGAGAAGCACUAAAGUGUUUUUUUGUAUGUGGACUGAAACUCAAUAGCAGCUCUGAUUAUUCGCCUUGUCUUCACAUCAGAAUAUCUGAGCUGAGCUUCUUACUAUAAUUUUCCCUCUUGAAGGAUGCACUGCACUCUUUAUCCUGUACAGUACUUUUAAACGUUUAACACGCCUUGUGUGAUACAUGUACACAAAGAGCUGCAGGCUUUUAUGUAGACGCUAAGAUUGUUUAUUAACAGUGUAGCAUCAAUGUUAUCUGCAUCUUCUGUGUCUACAGUCUCAGUGUGUAGUAUGAAGCUUGACUAUAAAGGCUAUUUAAGUUGUUUGUAUUUAAAAUAACCAGAGUUUGAAUGUAAGCACUUAAUGAAACUACCGAAAUUGAACCUGACAAAACUUCUUCAUAGAAGUCAUUUUUCCCCCUUUUAAUCAUUUCAGAGUGUUGUCAUGAUGUAAAUGUGUUCUCUUGAAAUUUUCUCAAAGCUUCCUAACUUUCUAUUUAUUUAUAUUAAAACCUUUUGACUAA